UGGGGGUCUCUGCAGCCCCCGCAACCCCGCAGCUGCCCCCCUUCCUGAUGAAGCUGUGGGCUAUCCUGGAGGAUUCUCGGAACGACAGCAUGAUAACUUGGAGCCCGGAUGGGCAAAAAGUUUGCAUCUUGGAUGAUCAAAGGUUUGCAUAUCAGCUGCUCCCAAAAUACUUCAAACACUGCAACUUGUCCAGCUUCGUUCGUCAGCUCUACUCGUAUGGCUUCAAGAAGGUGAUGUCAAUAAAGAAUGGAACAAUGGUCGCUGUCAACAACUCUCCCAUGGAGUUUCAGCACCCAUAUUUCAUACAAAGGAAACCUGAACUGCUGGUGAACAUCCAACGGAAGGUGCCUACACCCAAGGAGCCCGCAGCCGGCUCAAUAGACCUGCAGGCAAUGCUCUCCGAAUUCCGGGCAGUGAGAGAACAUCAGAAUAACAUAAGCCUCAAGCUGGAUACCAUGGCAAGGGACAGCACAUAUCUUAUCAAGAGAAUGGCCUCUCUGCAAAAGAAGGACAAUCAGCAGCAGCAGCACGUCUUAUCUCAGAUCCUCCAAAUCAUUGUGAAUUGGAUGUCUGAAAAAGGCAGGCUGGAUGCUGAAAGGAAAAGAUCUCAGAAUGAUGCUUCAGAAGCCCCUCGUCCAAAGAACAGCCGUCCACAGGCUCGCAGUGCUAUGGAGGGUCGUGAAACAGCAGCUGUUCCAGGACACAGUGCAGACCGCAAAGACUUGAUUGUGACCCCUAAAAUCGAGGGUGAAGCAGGGGGUGCUGCUGGUACAAGUAAUGGGCAGGCUGUAGUGCAUGAGCGCCGUGGGACUAGAAAGGAGCUUCAAGCCUUCUUGAAUUUCUUCUGUUCAAACACUGUGGAGAUUGGUGCGCUGCUGAGUGAGAAGUUUAACUCUAUCUCAGAAAUACUUACUGAGACCUUCGUUCCUGAGCGUCAGGAUCUGGAUGUGAAGUUUGAAGGAGCUCUAGACGGUAGUUUGAAAAACGAAACACUUGCGACUGGGAUGAAUGAGCAGGAGGCACCAAGGAGGAAUGACUUGCAGCUGUUUCAGAACCGCGCGAAUCCCAUGUUGGGAGAGCCUCCAACUAUCAAGAUGGAAUAUGGCAGCAAUGUUCCCCUGGGGGCUUCUGUAGAGAACAGACCUCCUGUUCCUUUCAGCGGUCAGGCACCUGUGGCAUACAUUGGUCCAGUAUACCAAGUACCUACCCUGUUGCUCCUGAAUCAGCCACUUUUCUUCGGAAAUGUGUAUGGGAACCACUAAAGAGGUCCCCCCUCCUGCUCCCCAGCCCAGUUGCAGACUUCAUAGAGAAAAAGCUACCUAGAUGUAGCUGUCAGCACCGAAGGCUGGUGAAGAUCUGUGGUUUUCUAUAAGGGGAGGAUUUAUUCUUCUUUUUCUAAGUACCAAAGCCAGUGCAGCUAGAAAGCUUGAAUUGUGCCACAAUGGUUUGUUUGUUUUUUCCAAAAAAGAUAAAGUAGAUAAUUUUAUAUACAAGUAAUUUUUCUAGUCUUAGCAACUUGUAAAGGUAAAGUGGCCCCUGACCAUCAGGUCCAGUCGUGUCCGACUCUGGGGUUGCGGCGCUCAUCUUGCUCUAUAGGCCGAGGGAGCCAGCGUUUGUCCACAGACAGCUUCCAGGUCAUGUGGCCGGCAUGACAAAGCUGUUUCUGGCGAACCAGAGCAGCGCACGGAAACGCUGUUUACCUUCCCACUGUAGCGGUCCCUAUUUAUCUACUUGCACUUUGAUGUGCUUUUGAACUGCAAGGUGGGCAGGAGCUGGGACCGAGCAACGGGAGCUCACCCCAUUGCAGGGAUUCGAACUGCCAACCUUCUGAUCAGCAAGCCUUAGGCUCUGUGGUUUAACCCACAGCGCCACCUGGGUCCCCUUGUAGCAACUUGUAGCUCACUGUAAACCUUUGCCUAUCAAAUUGUCUAGUCUCAUGAUAUCUAUAAUAAUUAUAAUAAUAAUAAUUUAUUAUUUAUACCCCGCCCAUCUGGCCGGGUUCCCCCAGCCACUCUGGGCGGCUUCCAACAAAACAUUAAAAUACAAAAAUCUAGUAUUACAAAACUGCAAUAAUUUAACUCUUGUUAAAUUUUGAUUCAGAGGUGGUUUGUACUCCCGUUAGGAUUGAUUAACUUUUGUGAAAAUCAGAACUGAAGAGGCUGUUCCCUCUUCAGUUAUUUUAAUUACUGUUGUCAG